AGGCCAAAAUGUCUUUUUUAGAAAAUUUUUACUUUACUGUGAUAAGAACACUUAACAUGAGAUCUACCCUCUUAACAAAAUUUUAAGUGUACGAUACAGAAUUGUUAGCUAUAGGCACAACAUUGUACAGAAAAUCCAACAUGUCUUUUAUAACCCAGCCCGGAAGUGACCUAGGAUCACUUCUGCCAUAUUCUAUCGGCCACGUAGACCAGUCCUGACACGAUGUGGGAGGAGACGGCACAAGGAAGGGAAUGCCAGGAAGCAGGGAUCACUGGGGGCCAUCUUGGAGGCUGGCUUUCACAGAAGUAGACAUAUUUUAGAACAAUAAAUGCAGAAGAUCAGUAAGCAGGAUGUCAUUUUUGCUAGGUAUGGUUGUAUUUCAGAUGUAUUAACCUGAAGCCAGAGUGCCUUUGGGGGCUCUUGCCCUCUCCUCCUCCACCUUAAGAUCUGAAGGCCCCCUUCAUUCACCCCCAUUAAGUAUUGGGACUGGAUAGAUCAAAGUACGACCCACAGGAGACCAAACACAGAGGAUGUGGGGCUUUGGGAGGAUGACAGAUGGUUAAAAAGGACCAAGAAACUGUUGAAAAGAAGGGUUGGGCAGGAAGGAGAAACCCCAGAUGGAAUGUCCUUUCCAACCUAGGGGAGGAUAACCAUAGUGUGAGUCCCAAGAAUCUAGGACUAUGGCCCCACACACCACAGCAGAUUGUCCAAAGGGCAAGUUCAGAGGCUGGAGAUUCCAGUUCCAAAUCUCCCACACCCCGGGCCUUUAUGUGGACUUUCAAGCCUGAAAUAAAGUCCUUUAGUAAAGAACUCUUUGAACAUACCGUGCACGUACAGCAGCUCUGCUGCAACCUGCGCCAGCCCUUCCUUUGACAAUAAGGAGUUUAUGGGGUGAGGCUGCGUUUGCACCUCAGAUAAGGGACUUGGGUAUUACUCUCUGUUCCAGUUCUCUUUGUUUCCUCCAAGACUUUAAUAAACCCCUAUUCAAACGAUGCACCCUUGUCUCAUCUGUGCUACUCAGAAAGAAAGGGGUGAGGGGGAAGCAGAACGGAGUGGUGAGUGGCAGCGGCGGUUAGGGGUGCCCCCUCCAGGAGAGGGUGCUUUUCCAUCCAGCUGCCCUUUUGCGUUGGGCCUCUCCUUCCACUGGGGACCUCGCAGGAUAGGUUUUUGUUACAUUAAAGAUGAUAAUGGUUUCCUCACAGCUGGAUCAAGGACAGGGAGCAAGGCUUUUCUGAAAACACUGGGAAGGAGAGAGCAAUCCUAGGGGAGGGGCCUAUGUGGAAGGCAAGAGAGUAGAUCAGUGAAAGACCCUCAAGCUGAACAGACUGGUCCUGUCAGGAAACAAAGGCACAGAGAAGUGAAGUAAUUUGCCCAAGAUCACACAGUGAGGUAGCGGCAGUGACUUCUCAUCAGUGCUUCAGCUCUGCCUUGACCCCUGCCUAGGUCAAUGAUGACAGGGGAUAUGCUGAAGGGAUCAGGGGCAGGGGGGUGGAGGCCUCUCAGACAAGAGGAAAGUAUGAGAAAAAACCCUCCAGGCAGGGGUGAGGGUGCUGGCUGGUUUGGGUACCCAUUGGGAAGAAGAUAAGGAGACAGGAGGGUCAAGGGACAGUGGCUGCGCCUGCAACUGGUGACUGGAGGAGUCCAGGGCCUGGACAGAGCCCCUGCCCUGGGGGUCCAGCCCCUUGAAUGGUGCAGCUUCAGUGCGUACUCUGGGGAAGGAGCCCAAGAGGGACUUGGGGGUGGGGGUGGAGCCCAUGGCUCUGUGUACAGCUGCCGCUGCAGUGGCGCUGGGGCUGGGCAGCUGCCACCAUCAGCUCUCUCUCCCCUGCCCUGAAGCCUUCUCUCUGCUGGUGGGAAGGCAAGGGUGCCUGUCACUCCACAGCUCGUAGCCCAGCUGGUAGGAGCAGAAGCAGCAGCCGCCCAGAUGCUGGCACAGGCUCCGAGGGCAGCGCUGGCUGGGAUGGUGCACUCCUUCUCAUGGGGGUGAGGGGACUAUAGGAUGCAGUGAGGGAGGCCCAGGGGAGGCAACAAUGCCCCCCACCCCAUCAUCCCCAGAUGGGUUACCUGCCUGGACCCCCAAAGUGAGGGCUAUACUGUCCCUAAAUCUCUGGUAUCAGUGUCUCACACUUUGGUAUAAAUAGAAGCCACCUUGUGACCUCAGGGCUGUGGGCAGUGAUGCCUUCUCCUUAACUGUAGAUGCAAGGCUUUGCUUCUGGUUGAGAGAAUGUCAAUCAUCAAGCGAAGAGGUAGGGGAUACUAAAGGUAAAAAUAGCUAACAUUGCCCAGUGCUUACUCUUUUCCAGGUACUAUGCUGAGUGAUCUUACACAGAAUCUUCACAAAAUUCCUAGGAGGAAGGAAGUACUCUUGCAUUGCCUUGUACGACCGGCAAAUGUGGCUUAUUUACUGAAGGUUGGUGGCUUGUAUAUGCCCACCCAGCUAGUAAGAGGUGGCAGUUUGACAGUAGAGCCCAUUCACCUGACCACUGUGGAAUAGUUUCUCUCAAUUUGGGUGCCACUUUAGGUUCAUCUGGUGUCUCUGAGGCAAGUGAUUUAUCCAUUAACUCAAUGGCCUGGUUAUGCUGGCAAACCUCUGGUUGGGCACUGCCCACAGGGAACAGAACAGAGGCUCCUAGGGCUGCCCCUCUCCUUAGUGGCCGGAACAAAAGUGAGGGCAGAGGGGAGUGAGACUUGGGACUAGGUGGAUGCGGGGAGGCAGGAGGCUCACCCCCAGAUAGAUGGUGGGCCAGGAAGUCCUUGAGAAGACAGAGGUCCCCUUUUCUUGCUGGAAGGGUGAACGUGGGAGGUCAGCUCCAUCUCACGCCGCUGGAACCUAAAUGGCCUCUGGUGAGGGUGGGUAUUCACUGUGGAGCACAGGUGCCCACAGGGCCACAGAGCUGGCCCAGAGCCAUCCUCCUGGCUGAGAUCUAGGGGAGGAGGAGGAGGGCCUCGUGGGUGCUGGUUCUGGCCCCUGGUCAAGCAGGGCCACUGCUUGCACUGCAAGCCUCAGAGGGUUUGCUUACCGUCUUUGCUUCUUUCUGCCCUCCAUGCAAACCUACGUCAGCUACAUCAGUCAGUUUCUCCUGAGCAGAGGGAUCUGGACUGACCUACAGGAUCAAGGCUAAAGAAUCAUUUGGCAUUCAGGCUAGAAGGUUGUUUGUGAUGAGAUGGUGCCAUCUGGGCCUGGCGGAGUGGGAGUGGGGCAGGGGCCUAGCAUGGGGCUGGCUUACAAGGGGGCAGUUGUUCCAUCUCACAUGGAAAUAAACAUUUUGGAUUCCUGAUCAUCUCCCUGGGGCCUAAGACACUGGGCAACAAAGUAAAAGUUGGUCCUGGGACUCAGAACUUUGUGUGCUCCAAGGAUGAGACCACCCACACUUGGCUGUUGUCCUCUCCCCUGCCUUUUCUUCACUUACAGGUUGGUGGCCCUGGUGACCAUCUAUUCCAUCUGAGGAUGGAUGGAGCAGCCUGAUUUGAACGAGUUGUAGAGGUCUUGUCAGGGUGAAUAUGCGAGCUGGGAACUGGUAUGUGUGUGUGUGUGUGUGCUUGCGUGUGCAUAUGUUGUGGGGAAUGGAAUAUACAAGAAGCUGUCAGAGGGAGGAUUAAAUUUAGCGGAUCUCUGGCUCCCACUGCAGUGAGCAGCGCCCCCUGCUGCCCACAGGGGAAACAGCAGCCCCAGCUUCCCACAGUCUCAGUAGGUCCUGGCAGCCACCCCUUGGAGAUGCCUCUGAAGCUGCUGGGUCCUCCUCUGGUUGCUUGUGCUCUUUUCGGGGGUCUCCAGGCCUCUUGUUGGAUUCUGGCUCCUGGAGGGGUAAGUGGAGGAUGUGGACCUGCAGUGUGGAUGGUGUAGAGGCUCAUAUCACAGGAGUUUUGGGGGAUUGAAGCUGCUUUAGCUUGUGCCUGACAGUCAACAAGGAGGCCUCCAACCUCCUGGGUCAGGCCCUCUGGGCAGACUCCAGCGAGGGGCACUGGGCCAACAUGAAGAGCCCAGAGGACAGUUCUGUGGAGAGAGGCUUGGACGUGCGCUGUGCACUCAGGGUGGCCAGGACACUGCGUUGAUCUGAUGACUUAGGCAAUGGCCAACAAGCACAAGCCAUGGAUCGAAGCAGAAUACCAGGGCAUCGUCAUGGAGAAUGACAACACAGUCCUGCUGAACCCGCCACUCUUUGCCUUGGACAAGGACGCCCCCCUGCGCUAUGCAGGUGAGAUCUGUGGCUUCCGGCUCCAUGGGUCUGGGGUGCCCUUUGAGGCUGUGAUCCUGGACAAGGCGACGGGAGAAGGGCUGAUCCGGGCCAAGGAGCCAGUGGACUGUGAGGCCCAGAAGGAGCACACCUUCACCAUCCAGGCCUACGACUGUGGCGAGGGCCCUGACGGGGCCAACACCAAGAAGUCCCACAAGGCGACUGUGCAUGUGCGGGUCAAUGAUGUGAAUGAAUUUGCCCCAGUGUUUGUGGAGCGGCUAUACCGCGCUGCGGUGACCGAGGGGAAGCUGUAUGACCGCAUCCUGCGGGUCGAAGCCAUCGAUGGUGACUGCUCCCCCCAGUACAGCCAGAUCUGCUAUUACGAGAUCCUCACUCCCAACACCCCCUUCCUCAUCGACAAUGACGGGAACAUUGAGAACACGGAGAAGCUGCAGUACAGUGGUGAGAGGCUCUACAAGUUUACGGUGACGGCUUACGACUGCGGGAAGAAGCGGGCGGCAGAUGAUGCCGAGGUUGAGAUCCAGGUGAAGCCCACCUGUAAACCCAGCUGGCAAGGCUGGAACAAAAGGAUUGAAUAUGCACCAGGUGCUGGGAGCUUGGCUUUGUUCCCUGGUAUCCGCUUGGAGACAUGUGAUGAACCUCUCUGGAACAUUCAGGCCACCAUAGAGCUGCAGACCAGCCAUGUGGCCAAGGGCUGUGACCGAGACAACUACUCAGAGCGGGCACUGCGGAAACUCUGUGGUGCUGCCACUGGGGAGGUGGAUCUGUUGCCCAUGCCUGGCCCCAAUGCCAACUGGACGGCGGGACUCUCAGUGCAUUACAGCCAGGACAGCAGCCUUAUAUACUGGUUCAAUGGCACCCAAGCUGUGCAGGUGCCCUUGGGUGGCACAGCUGGGCUGGGCUCUGGGCCCCAGGACAGCCUCAGUGACCAUUUUACCCUGUCUUUCUGGAUGAAACAUGGUGUAACUCCCAACAAGGGCAAGAAGGAAGAGGAAACCAUCGUGUGUAACACUGUGCAAAAUGAGGAUGGCUUCUCUCACUACUCACUGACCGUCCAUGGCUGCAGAAUUGCCUUCCUUUACUGGCCUCUGCUUGAGAGUACCCGCCCGGUCAAGUUCCUCUGGAAGCUGGAGCAGGUCUGUGACGAUGAGUGGCACCACUAUGCUUUGAACCUCGAAUUCCCCACAGUCACACUCUAUGCUGAUGGCAUCUCGUUUGACCCUGCCCUCAUCCAUGACAAUGGUCUCAUCCACCCGCCCCGAAGGGAACCUGCACUCAUGAUUGGGGCCUGCUGGGCUGAGGAAAAGAACAAAGAGAAGGAAAAGGGAGGAGACAACAGUACAGACACCACACAAGGAGACCCCUUGCCGAUCCAUCACUACUUCCAUGGCUACCUGGCUGGUUUCAGCGUGCGCUCAGGCCGCCUGGAGAGCCGUGAGGUCAUCGAGUGCCUCUAUGCAUGUCGGGAGGGGCUGGACUAUAGGGAUUUCGAGAGCCUGGGCAAAGGCAUGAAGGUCCACGUGAACCCCUCGCAGUCCCUGCUCACCCUGGAGGGGGAUGAUGUGGAGACCUUCAACCAUGCCCUGCAGCAUGUGGCUUACAUGAACACUCUGCGCUUUGCCACGCCUGGCGUCAGGCCCCUGCGCCUCACCACUGCCGUCAAGUGCUUCAGUGAAGAAUCCUGUGUCUCCAUCCCCGAAGUGGAGGGCUACGUGGUGGUACUUCAGCCUGACGCCCCCCAGAUCCUGCUGACUGGCACUGCUCAUUUUGCCCGCCCAGCUGUGGACUUUGAGGGACCCGAGGGGGUCCCUUUGUUCCCCGAUCUUCAAAUCACUUGCUCCAUUUCUCACCAAGUAGAGGCCAAAAAGGAUGAGAGUUGGCAGGGCACAGUGACAGACACACGCAUGUCGGAUGAGAUCGUGCACAACCUGGACGGCUGUGAAAUUUCUCUGGUGGGGGAUGACCUAGACCCUGAACGGGAAAGCCUGCUCUUGGACAUGGCAUCCUUGCAGCAGCGAGGGCUGGAGCUCACCAACACGUCUGCCUACCUCACCAUUGCUGGGGUGGAGAGCAUCACUGUGUAUGAAGAGAUCCUGAGGCAGGCCCGUUAUCGGCUGCGACAUGGAGCUGCUCUUUAUGCCAGGAAAUUUCGGCUUUCCUGCUCGGAAAUGAAUGGUCGUUACUCCAGCAAUGAAUUCAUUGUGGAGGUCAGUGUGCUGCACAGCAUGAACCGAGUUGCCCACCCAAGCCAUGUGCUCAGCUCCCAGCAGUUCCUGCACCGUGGUCACCAGCCACCGCCUGAGAUGGCUGGACACAGCCUGGCCAGCUCCCACCGAAACUCCAUGGUCCCGAGUGCAGCGACUCUCAUCAUUGUGGUGUGUGUGGGCUUCCUGGUGCUCAUGGUCAUCCUGGGCCUCGUGCGCAUCCAUUCCCUUCACCGCCGCGUCUCGGGGGCUGGAGGGCCCCCAGGGGCCUCCAGUGACCCCAAGGACCCUGACCUCUUCUGGGAUGACUCAGCUCUCACCAUUAUUGUGAACCCCAUGGAGUCCUACCAGAAUCGGCAGGCCCAUGUGGCAGGGGCUGCCGGUGGCCAGCAGGAGGACGAGGACAGCAGUGACUCAGAGGCAGCCGACUCUCCCAGCAGUGAUGAGAGACGCAUCAUCGAGACCCCUCCACACCGCUACUAAGGCCUACAUCCCUCCUCAAACAGAGAGAGAAUUCUGCCCUGAUGAGACAGAGACACCCCCCGACGAGAGGGAAGGACAUUCUGAAGCAGAGAGACCAAGAGAGAGAGAGCUCUUCAGAAUGAGUCACCCUUUAAUCUUGAAAUCCCUGUGGGGCCCACUGGAGUCUCCCCACCCCUCGUCCUCCCCCCGAUCCCACCUCCCUCCCUGGCCUCUGACUCUUCUUCCUGUGGUGUGGGAGACUGUGCCUCCCUUUUCUGCCCCCAACAGCAGCCCCCCUUUAGCUCACCCGUGUCUCCGUCUCUCCCCCCACUAGCCAUGCGCUGUGUUGGGGGGUGUCAGUAGCAAUGGCCGGGCCAGGGGCGGAUUGAAGGAAACCCUGUGCUCUGCCCUUCCCUACUCUCCUGUCUGCGGAGGCCUUUCUCUCCCCGGCUUCCCGGACUGGGCCUUCCCUGCCUCUUUUGUGAUCCCCGCACCUCUCUUUCCAUUUCACUCUGGGGAUCCCUGCUCCUUCACCUUGCCCACUUCCUUCCUUUUCUGUCCUCUUUCCCUCUUAUCUUUGCCUGAGGUCCUACAGCCCCUGCCCCUUCCUACAUGACCUGGUUGUGGCUAGGUUGAGGGGAUGGGAGAGGGAAUGGGGUCCUGGGUGUAUUAUAUAUAAUGUAUAUUUUUUCAUGUUGUCAUGUGAGCGCAGCCCCUGUGUUCUGUGUGCAGCUCACAGCCUCGUGUGUGCGUGUGGCAUCGUCAUGUCCUGGGGUUGGGGUAGGGAAUGGGUGUG